ACUGUAACAUUUCUACUUGCGUGGUAGAGAAGAAUAGAUUCAGCAAGUGUAGAGCUGUUAUCAUUUGCACUGUUGUUAUUAUCACAAACAUUUGAGUCACUAGAAAGAUCGGGCGCAUCAACCCUUUGCUGUGCAGUGGCGACUACGAGCUAACUCUACAAAACAACAAACAUUUCAUAGUUCUUAACUCAAUAAACAGGGAGAGCGAGUGGUGGCACGAUGAGGCUGAUAAUCCUGGAGGACGCCGAUGUGGUGGCGGAGUGGGCGGCACGCUUCGUGGUGCAGCGCGUGACGCAGUUCAAGCCGGGGCCGGACAGACACUUCGUGCUGGGUCUACCCACGGGCGGUACGCCGCUCGGCAUGUACCGCCGCCUCAUCGACUUCCACAAGCAGGGCCUCAUCUCCUUCAAAUACGUGACCACCUUCAACAUGGACGAGUAUGUCGGUCUUCCGCGUGACCACCCCGAGUCGUACCACUACUACAUGUGGAACGAGUUCUUCCGGCACGUAGACAUCCAGCCGGAGAACGCGCACGUGCUGGACGGGAACGCGCCCGACCUGCCCGCCGAGUGCCAGCGCUUCGAGGACCUCAUCCGGGAGGCCGGCGGCGUGCAUCUCUUCAUCGGCGGCAUCGGUCCGGACGGACACAUCGCGUUCAACGAGCCGGGCUCCUCGCUGGUGUCGCGCACGCGCGUCAAGACGCUCGCCUACGACACGCUGGAGGCCAACAAGCGCUUCUUCGGCAACGACAUCGACAAGGUGCCGCGUCAGGCGCUCACCGUCGGCGUCGGCACCGUGCUCGACGCCAAGGAGGUGAUGAUCUUGAUAACGGGCGGGCACAAGGCGCUGGCGCUGGCGAAGGCGGUGGAAGAGGGCGUGAACCACAUGUGGACGGUGUCGGCAUUCCAACAACACGCGCAGACGCUGUUCGUGUGCGACGAGGCCGCCACGCUCGAGCUGCGCGUCAAGACCGUCAAGUACUUCAAGGCGCUGAGCGAGGAGCACCAGCGGAUGAUCGCGGACCUGCCCGUGCCUCAACAGGCGCUGCUACACUGAUGCUCCGCCCCAUGCCCCGCUAGCGCCCGCCCACCGGCGCACUCCCCGCACGAGCCUCAUGUCGGAGCACAACAAGCUGAUUGGUCGGUGAGGCCGGUCUGUGAUCACAUUGACAACAUGUUUCGCCACAUCUACAGCAUACAACUUGCUUUUCACAAUAUUAUUUUUAAAUAUGUAAUUUUUAUCAAUGUGUUAGAUUUAAGCAUAAUUUUAAUGGUCCAAUUAUUUUUAUGUAA